AGUCUUGCUUGGUCUCUUGAAGGAUCUUUGUCGUCGUCGUUUUCCCUCCGAGAAGUAUCAGAGAUCGGAUUCUCCUCCCGCGGCCUGCUCUCUCUUCUCUCUCCUAUCAAGUCUUCUAGUUGAUUGAUUGGUUGCAGUAUUAUAAAAUUGAGAAGAAAAUAUAGAGAAGAGAUGGGGGUGAAGCAAGUUCUAAAAGCCCUGGAUGCUUUUCCCCGUGCAGAAGAUCAUUUGUUACAGAAGACUAAAUCUGGCGCCUUUGUUUCCAUUGUGGGGCUGGUUAUCAUGGCAACACUAUUUUUGCAUGAACUGAGUUACUAUCUUAGUACAAAUACAGUUCAUCAGAUGGCUGUUGACUUGAGACGUGGAGAGACUCUACCCAUACACAUUAAUAUGACAUUCCCCUCUUUACCUUGUGAUGUUCUAAGUGUGGAUGCAAUUGAUAUGUCGGGGAAGCAUGAAGUAGACCUUGAUACAAACAUAUGGAAGCUUCGCUUGAACAGUGAUGGCCAUAUUACUGGAACUGAGUAUUUGUCAGACCUUGUGGAAAAGGAACAUAAACAUGAUGACCACAAAGACCAUCAUGAAGAUUCAGAUAACAAAACCCAUCUGCAAGGGUUCGAUCAAGAUGCUGAAAAUAUGAUUAAGAAGGUUAAGCAAGCAUUGGCUAAUGGGGAGGGAUGCAGAGUCUAUGGUGUUUUGGAUGUCCAACGUGUUGCUGGGAAUUUCCAUAUAUCUGUUCAUGGGUUGAAUAUUUUUGUUGCUCAAAUGAUUUUUGGAGGUUCUACUCAUGUCAAUGUGAGCCAUAUCAUCCAUGACUUAUCAUUUGGGCCCAAAUAUCCAGGUAUUCACAACCCGCUUGAUGGAACAGAACGAAUUCUGCGUGGGGCAAGUGGAACAUUCAAAUAUUACAUUAAGAUUGUUCCCACUGAAUACAGGUAUUUAUCAAAAGAAGUUUUGCCAACUAAUCAGUUCUCUGUAACGGAAUACUUUUCUCCCAUCAAUGAGUUUGAUCGGACAUGGCCAGCUGUAUAUUUCUUAUAUGAUUUAUCACCAAUCACUGUGACCAUCAGAGAAGAACGUCGCAGUUUUCUGCACUUUAUUACUCGGCUCUGUGCAGUUCUGGGUGGUACAUUUGCCUUGACAGGCAUGCUAGAUAAAUGGAUGUACAGGUUCCUUGAAGCAGUUAUGAAGAAAAACAGCAGAAGUCUUGUGCGAUAAUUUAAGGUUACCUAGUGACAUGUUGCACCUACAGAGUAGUAUUCAGCUGAGGAAAUCCCAAAUUCCCAGAGCACUAUAUGUGGAAGCUUUUAGCGAACAAGGGAAAUCGAUAAAUGAGGCUUGUGUAUAAUUUAUUCCCUGUGUAUUUUGUUUUUCUGACUUUCUUUUUAUCCUUUAAUUUUGAUAGCACUUUACACAAAUAUACCAUGGUGUAUCCAAGCCAUUCUAGCAGUCUGAGAAAAGAUUUACUUACUGGUCGUUGUAACAUAAUGUAGUUUGUAGUUCAAAGGAAAUGAACAUUUCCAGGUUUUGUUUCUCAAUUUUAGUUGAAAAACUUGCUGUAACUGAGAGAGAUGGACUUCUAUGUGAUGCUUCUUUAUUAUGUAACUCUUGUUUAAUGCA